CUCAAAUUCCUCUCGAAAAAAAUAUUUCCACGAGUGAAGUAGUGUGUUUGUGUUUGACACACCACCUGCCAGGCUGCCACCAAGCACCCACCGCCACCAGCCAUUGCCCACGCGCCAUGCCCGCGAAGGCUCUUCCUCGGCCGUGCACCGGCGCUGGCGCCCACGUCCAGUGCCGCCGUGGAGCGCCGGCCGCCAGUCCGUGGUCUGUCGGCGUCGCCGGAGGUGCGAUGAAGGGAGGAGCCGGUGGCAGGCUCGUGGCGGCCGCCGCAGGGGAGAGGUCGGACGCCGUGCAGGCGGCGGCCGUGGCCGGCGGGAAGCAUCACGUCAGUGGGUCCGCCGUGGCAGGCAUGGACAAGCUUGUGACCUCAACUGUUGGGAAAUCAACAAACAUCCUUUGGCAUGACUGUCCAAUAGGGCAGCCUGAGAGGCAGAAAUUGCUAAACCAGAAGGGCUGUGUUGUGUGGAUCACUGGGCUAAGUGGUUCAGGAAAAAGCACAUUAGCAUGCGCACUGAGUCGCGAGCUUUACUCCAGAGGUCAUCUGAGCUACAUUCUAGAUGGUGACAAUCUCAGGCAUGGAUUGAACCGAGACCUCAGUUUCGAAGCAAAGGACCGAGCUGAAAAUAUACGUAGAGUGGGAGAAGUAGCAAAGCUAUUUGCAGAUGCUGGUCUGAUCUGCAUUGCUAGCCUGAUAUCACCGUACAGAAGUGAUCGAAGUGGUUGCCGCAGUUUACUGCAGAAUUCAUCAUUCAUUGAGGUGUUUCUGAAUGUCCCACUUGAAGUUUGUGAAGCUAGGGAUCCAAAAGGCUUGUACAAGCUUGCACGUGCUGGUAAAAUCAAAGGGUUUACUGGAAUAGAUGAUCCUUAUGAACCACCUUCUGAUUGUGAGAUAGUAAUACAUUGCAAGGCGGGCGAUUGCGCUACGCCAAAAUCAAUGGCCGAUAAAGUAGUGGCAUAUCUUGAAGAAAAUGAAUUCUUACAGGAUUAGAGAUGGAUGAUUUUGAAGAAUAGUACUGGAAAAUGGAUUGCCAAGGGAUGUACUGUAUGAGUUGGUGUUCAUACCUACAAACAGAAAUGUAAAGUAUGUGAAUGCAUUGACCAUCAAGGUGAAAUGUGUACAUUAUUAUGAGGAAACUGAAAUUGUUUCCACCCAACAA